UACAAUGUCAUUUGUGUGAAGAAAAGAAAAUUCAUGUUAUCGCGAUUUCCCAUAAAACUAUUUUUCAUAAAUCAAUUAGAAAGUGAAAUUAACGGAAAUACAUAAACUAUUAUUGUCCAUUUACAUACCUUAAUCACCCCUCUAGAGGUGGAAGAUAAUAUAUAAAGAGACGUUCUAGCGCUUGAGAUAGCUAGUUUUCUUUUCAAAAUUUCGAAUUCGUACAUUAGGCAAGGACUAAGUGCCUUAGUUAUUAAUUUACGGAAAAUAAACAUAGUUUAAUUUAUCGUUUGAUAUUUGCAAUUGAAAAUGAAAUUUCUAAUCUUUCUUUUUUUAACUGCUUUUGCAAUAACAAUCUUUGUCGAGGCGCAAGAUAUUUCGAAUCUUUUGAACGAUAGACGUUACGUGCAAAAACAAAUUAAUUGUAUUUUGGGUCAAGGCCAUUGUGAUGUUGUGGGAAGGAAAAUCAAAGAGUUAUUACCGGAAGCUUUGAAUAAUCAUUGCCGUCGUUGUACACCUCGACAAAUGGCACACGCACGCACAUUGAUCGCAUUUAUGAAAGAAAAUUAUCCAAACGAGUGGCAUAUUAUUGUACAACGUUAUACAGCAAUGCCGUAUUAUAAAAAUUACAGAAGAACUUAAUAAAAUGACAGUAACGAAGGAGGAGCGUCGUAUUCUACUGAUAAAUUUUGAUGGACCUUGAAACGAACAAUAAAAUAUUAACAAUUUCA